AUGGCCACCAUAGACCCGUCACAAGAAGAGGCUGUGCAGCUUGCCGCACCGACCACCACUGGCUCAGGCGAACCCAACACCAUACACCUCUCCAGCCCACCUUCUCUCGAAACAAUAUACAGCCAAAUCACCUCGUACCCCUUCCACGCUGAUCAAGAAUUCCUCUCCGGCUUAGCGGCGAUCCUAGGCCACCCUGACACGCCAGCUACGCCAGAAGAACUGCGCCAGAACUUGGGUCUCGUCCUCCAAGCCCGAUGCUUCUACCUCUCACGCAAGCUGAACGUUGAUCCGCCUAUUGAUCCGGGGAAAUAUCUGGAAUGGGCUGGCUCGCAAGCGCGCUCGUCUACACCACAUGUCCAUCAUACUCAAGAACAGACUGCGCGCGGUACGCAUAAUGCAGCGGUCGUCUCGACCGUGUCAGCCGAUCCGCUAUCGACGCAAACGAGGGGUGCGACGGAUGCUCAACGGCCGACAGAUGAACAACAUCCCGCCAUACCUUCAUCGCCAGCUGUCUCAACUCCCCCAAACGCAGAAGCCGAGCCACCCUACCCGACCUCGUUCGCUGCAAUCGUAGACCUCAUCACCCGCAACCUCCCCAUCCCCGGCAUUGAGGACAUCCCACCCACCGUCCUCGAACCCGGGACAAGCAAAGUUGACAAAACGCCGCGACGGAGAAAGCCUUGGGAGAAGGACGCCGACACUCCGACUACUCCUAGCAUGGGAGAGGAGAAGCAGCAAGUCACUUCGACCAGUGCAGGGGCAACGAGGUCUGAUGAGCGCAAGGACGAAGAAGAGACUGCCGAGUCAAGCGACGCCAUGAAAGACAGAGGUAUAAAUGGGACUGUGCGGUCCGGCCAAGAUCAAGGCGUGGUCAAAAUGCUGCAACCAAACGCCGUCGCCCCGAGCGGGCUGUUGAGUAACGACUGA